AUGAAUUAAAUUGAUUAUAUAAAAUCUGUUCUUUACUUUUCACUAUUUCCAUUCGUAUUUGGAAAUGAAUUCAAUAUAUCAAAAUCUCAAAAUGUUUUCGAUGAAUCUUCAAAAGUGAAGAGUUGCAAAGAGUAAUGUAAAAAUAAUGAUGAUUUUGAUCGAUGUUAUAAAGAAUGUAAAAUCGAGAAAGAAUAGCCAAUAAUCUAAAUAAUAAGCAUAACUUGCAUAGUUUUAAGUUUAAUGUUAAUCUUAUUUAUAAUUUGGAAAAGAAAGUAAGUCAUCAGAUUAUUUCGAUGUGUUUUAAAUAGAAGGACAAUAAUGAUGGAGUAAUUUUUAAAUAAUGCCAUUUUAAUAAAAAAUAGCAACCUCUUAUUGAAUCAAUUCCGGAAGGUAGGUAAAAUGUUAAAUGAAUCUUAAAAUGAAUUAAUCUUUACACAAAAUGGAAAACUUCACAAAGAAGAAGAUGUCUAAAUAAUGUGUAAAAUUAAUGAGAAAGAAUAAUAUAUUUAAAUUUCUCUUUUAGGAAAUGAUAAGUACGGUGCAUGGAGUGGUACUGGAGUCACUAUAAUAGAUUUUAGUAAUUAACUUAAAAUUUGGUUUAUAAAGGAUUAUGAAGAAUAAAAGCAAGCAAGACAAUCAGGAUUAUGGUAACAUCUCAUUUAUUAGGGGGAAUUUGAUGAAGAAGUAAGAGUUUUUAGUGGAUAGUGGUAUUAUGAUGGAUUUGAAAAUGAUAUGACUUACAGUGGUACUUGGAUUCUAAAAAUGAAAUGA